UUAAUCGAAUCUGGUGUAAAGUUACUAUACCUAUACUUUGGGAAUUACCUUUUGGUCAAGAAUGUCGUGCAAAUGAUAGGAAGUUGUGGAAGAAAGCAUUAUGUAUUCGAACUUAUAUAUCAUGUAUGGAUACUCAAGCUAGAACUUUACUUAUUCGAAAAGGAUUUGAUUUAUCAUCAUCACCACCUCAAGCCACUUUUGAUUAUCCAUCAUUCACUCAUAAAUUAAUAAUUAAUAAUUUAGUUUAUUUUAUUUCCAUAUAUUCACAACGAAUUAUUGGUUCAAAUCGAGAUAACAAAAACAAUAGUAAUAACGAACUGAAAAUAUUAUUUCGUGAGAUAUGCAAAAUUAUAAAAUUUGUUGAAUCUUUUAAAAUGACGGAAGUUCUCAAUUACAUUACCAAUUCUAAAAAUUAUCUUAAAUAUAUUGAUUCACUUCUCAAGUUACCUGGUUCCCCGAAGAAAUUAAAAAGAAAUGAUAGACUGAUUAAACCAUUGAUUUAUGAUAAUAUUUUAAAUAUGGAAUUAUAUUUGGAUUCAAUCCCUAAAAUGGAAUUAUUAACAAAAUUUAUUAACGUUCAAAAACGGUUAGAAAAUCUAUCAAUUAUUAGUAAUCAUUAUCUAAAAUUUGAUUCAAUAUUUUGGGCUGUCAUUAGUCAAAAAGAAAAAUUAAAGAGUCUUCGUUUAAAAUCAGUAAAUUUUUAUAAUUUCAAGGGAAAAUUAACACCAAUUGGACAAUUUAUUUCAGAACUUUAUAUUGAAGAUUGUCGUGGAUUGCAUGAAUCAGAUUGUUUAUUCUUUGCUUCAUCAUUUACUCAAUUAAGUAGUUUUCGUUUUCGUUAUACAUUUGAUGGGUAUCCUCAAUCUCGAGAAUUUAUUAUAAAAAUUCUCGAAACGGCCAAUAUAAAUUUAAGAAAUAUUCGUCUAGAUUUAUAUCCCGCAAUUUCAUUUGAUAUAUUUUCAGCAAUUUUAAAUUAUUGUACAAAUGUUACCAAAUUAUCUUUAUGUAAUUUAAGUCCUAAACAAAUAAUAGAAAUAUUUAAUAAUAAUUUUAAAGAAUUAAGAAGAUUUUCAUUUGAUUUUGGAGACAAAUUAUUUGAUCCUAAUGAAAUAUUAUGUCAAAUGGCGGAAAAUAUACCAAAAUCAAUUGAAAUUAUUAAAAUUAAAAUGGAUUAUGAUCCAUGGAUGUUCAGUGCCGAAAGUUUAAGAAAAUUCUUUGAAGGGUGGUGUUGUAAAGGAGGAAAUAAAAAGAUUAUUGUAAAAUGUACAGAACAAGCGCGACUAUUUACAUUAAGUGAUGAAUAUUUUAAAGUUAUUGAAGAAUAUGGAGUAGAGUUCAAUUUGAUAUAG